AUGCCUCUAGCAUCGGGUGCCCGCAGGGCACCGGAGCCGGAUGGCAUCGACUUCACGGUGUCUUCAUCUCUCCCUCCAAUGGUUGCGGGGAGCGUGGCUGGAGAGAUGGAGCUCUCGGUACCGUAUCUCUACCCCAAGCCUGGUGUGCUGUGUUCGACGAGAUAUCUUGGAGACGGGCAAAGCGAGCCGAUGUUCGUCGUGAGGAUGCAGUGGUGGGGUGACAGUGGGCCUGGCACCGUGUUCAAGCCAGGGCUCCUGCGUGGGCGGGACGAAGAUGGGGAGAGGGCUCGCAGGGUGCAGUUGUCCAAGGCUACUUGUGCUCUGUUUCCUGUGCGGUGCGCGCUGGACGGGCUCUUGACGUACCUGACCGACAUGGGCAGCAUCGUCCUCGACGUGCUCGUGCACGAGGGCGACCCUAGCGGAGGAGCCCGACACGCCGGCCGCUGCGUCGUCCCCGUCGGCGGCAGCAGUUGGGGCGGGCACGGCCAGAGGGAGAGCCGCGUCGUGGCCGAGGGCUACUUCCCGGUGCUCUCGCUCCGCGACGGCAGCAGCAAGGUUCGAACCGUGCUCGCCGUGGCCAAGAUGGCCACCACCACCGCUGACGAGUCGAGCCCGGCAGGAGAAGGGGGGAGAAGAAUCGCGGAUGGUGGGACGCCUUUCGCGGACCGAAGUGGCUCUACUGCGGCUGGACAUGAGGAGGUGGACGCGGGGCGUAGAAGCGGACUCGGAUUCCGGCGCUCAGGCGAGGCUUACGUCGGGCUCCCCGAGCGAGCGUCGUUCGACAGCGCUGAUCUCACUAACGGUUGGAGCGAGGCCCCUCCCCCUGGUGAUGCUGCCACCACCGAAAGGCUCGCUCGCGAUUCAGCUCCGCUGUCAUCCUUCCAGCUCAACGAGGCUCUAGCAAAAUUCGACGCGUCGGACACUCUGCCGAUAUGGCCAACGCCGAGGGGUUCUCUCUACCGCCCGCCUGAGGCUCUCGGGCAGGCUCUGUCGGCGCCAGCCAUUGGUCAGCACCAGGCCAACAGAGGGAGGCCUGCUGGUGCCGGCGCUAACAACGCUGGCCCACGAAGAAAGGCCUCCCCGACUUCCAAGACGGUCGGCGGCAGAUUAACGAGGAGCCCGCCCGCCCGCGUUGGCGUAGCGCUCACCGGAACCACGAGAGUUGCAAGCGUUGUCGGCGGGGCGCCUCCGGAGCGCAAGACGGGAGAUUUGAGGCCAAGCGUUUCGCCCGAGCGACAAGCACCGGAGCCUGCUACCGGGACCGACUUGGAUCGAGCUUCUGUUUCUCUCGGUGACGGUCGUGGCGGACGUCGCGAUGAAACCCCUGCGCCGCCGUCGCAAGGUCCGCCGCCUCCUUCAGCGGCGGCUGCACCGGCGGGCUCUGCAGCAAGGGAGGACGGCGCCGGGGGCCUCUCUGAGCUGCUCAACCGUGGGAAGGAGCUCCGCGACAAGAUGGCCCUGGCGGCCGCGGGGUCGAACGAUAGGGCGCCGCCGGCGUCGCCGUCGUCGAGCGGUCUCGCGACGCUCACGGCGCAGCCCGGCCUGGUGAGCGGGGCACCCCUCGACUCGUCCUUGAGGGACGACAUCGAGGGCAUCUUCGACACGCUCUCGGACGUCGGGCAGGGUGUCGACGUGUCGGUGCGUGACCCAGAAACAAGGGGCGGCGAGAGCCGCGUCGUCGACCUCCUGCUGUCUGCCGCCGGCCCGCCGCCGGCAUCCCUGGCCUUUCCUGCGCUGGCGGCAAUGGAGCGGCGGCGCGCCGACUCGCUCGCCCGCGUCCGCUUCCUGCGGAUCCGGCUGUCGCGCCUGGUGAUGUUCGGGUCCAUGACCUCCGCGGGGGAGGGCCAUGGCUGGCAGCUCCGUUUCCGUCUGCCUGCGUUCGCGGCACCUCCCGGGCGGGGUAGCACCGCCGCUGCCGGGCGCCGUGCCAGUGUUGCCCAGGCAUCGAAAGGAGGAAGCGCUCGAAACGCGAGGGUGGUUUCGGUGCCCGUCCCGCCGAGAGUGUCUCCCUCGACUCUCGGGAAAGGCAAGGCGGCGGCGGCCGUUCGAAGAGGCAGGUCUACGGCGACCGGGACGACGACGAAGACGACGACGACGACGUCCAGGAGCGCGGCGUCGGUCCUGAGAGUACGCCGGGGGUUCGGGGCCUGCGACUUGGUGGUCGGGGAGACCUCGCUCCUGGAGGAGCUGGUGUGCGCCGUGGAUGUCGACGACACCUGCGUCGCCCAGUGGAUGGACACGGCGGUGGAGUUCCUCCUAGUCGACGGCAGAACGGACGGGGCCCCGCGACCGCGGCAACCUGGCAAGAACCACAACCACCCCCACCUGCGCAAGAAGCAGCGCUCCUCGACGGUCGGACCCGGCGAUCGGGUGGCGGCGGUGGCCACCUUCCCGCUGAGAGACCUCGUCCUCUCGGCGGACCUGGGCGUGGCGGCCACGCUGGACCUGAUCGAGGUGUCGGACUUCUGGGCGGCGGAGGACGCCCGGGCCGCGGCGGCCGGCCGCACGGGGAGGGGAGGUCGCCCGUUGCGGAACCCCUACCGGAGCGAUGAGGGGGGCGGUGGCGCCAGGCCACUGGUGCUGGGCGACCGCGCCGUGGGCGCGCUGGCGAUCGCGCUGGAGCUGGUGCCGGGCGAGCCGGACGUGUCCCCGGAACACAGCCGCCCGGAAGUGGAGCGCUGGACGAAGGGCUCGCGGCAGCAAGGCGCAGCGGCAGCAGCGACAGCAGCAGCAGAGGCGGAAGGGCUGGAGGAGUCAGCCGAAGAGGAACACCAUGGGGUGAUCAGGACGGAAGCGAGCUCGCCGCCGCCGCUUCCCGCCGGAGGGGUGAGAAUCCUGCGGGAACCGUCGGCCGACGGGCGGGACGGUACCUUCGAGGCAGGGGGGGAGGCUUGUAGUGCGGCGGUAGAGCCAGGGGGCUGGGCAGAAGGAAGCCCGGGUGGGGAGAAGCACGAGCCUAGCGGUAGUCUCACCGCAUCCAUGCCGCCGGACUUGGAUGGGGACGGGGACUGGAAGGAAGCCAGUGGGGUUGUCGCCGUUGGCCCGCUCGACACGAGCUUGGCGGUGGUGCUAAGGAUUGGCGACCUGACGCUUGCCCCCCCGCUUGGCCCCGGAGCUGAGCAAGUGCGAGUCGCGUACUCCUUCACCCAGGUGGAAGGGCUCACGCCAACCGUGACGCAUCGCUCCGUUCGAGGCCUCCCGAGCGGAGACGGUGGAGCGCAGCAGCAUUUCCAGCGGUUCGCUUUCAACCACCAGGAGGUCUUCCCCGCUCCGACCGAAAGCAGCGCUUGGCGCCUAGGAGGAGCAGGUGCGAACAGGGUGUUCGAAGUCUGGGGGUGCUCGGCGACAGGGCCGGAGAGCGGCAGCAGCGGCGGCCGUCCGGGGCAAGCAGAGGCGUUGCUGGGUCUGGCCAAGGUCUACCUUCGCCCGUUCGCGGCGUUUGAGGGCCGCACCGGGGAGUCGGGGCUCGCCGUGGGUGCCGACGGCCCCGUCUCCGUUGUCGAUCCGUUCUCCGGCAAGGCGGUGGGGGACCUACACCUGCUCCUGGCCUUGGGUGCCUCUCCGACGAUAGCUGCGCUUGCUGGCAAAGGGGGGGACGCGGAGGCGGGUAACGGCGCGAUGGGAGACCCCCCCACCCUGGGAGGCGGGAGCAACGCCGAGGGCGGGAGGGAGACCGGGGAGGAGAAGGGGGAUCAUGAGCUGGAAGACGAGGGGGGGGCGGGGUCGCGAGGAGGGGCGGCAGGUGGCGCUGAAGGGGAGGGCGGUGGUGGCGUGGCCCAUGCGGCGGAGCCUCCGGCGCUAGACGAUUCCGUGGCAGAGCUGUCGAUGCUCCUGAACCCCGGUCGGGUCGAGGGGCCCAAGGCUAGCCCAGCGCGUUCUAGCGGUGGCUUUACGGGCCUCGUACGGCACGUCGUUGAACUGUCGGCGGUGGGCGAGCUACCCGUAGUGGUUGGUGACGGAAUUGCUGUGGGAGGGGAGGGCGCGCAGGAGCCGGUGGGGUGUGCCAUCGAGUACGUGCUGCCUUCGAGCCAGACUUGCCUUGACCUGGACAUCGACGGCACGGACACCCCCCCCACCACCGCCGACCAAACCCACGAGCUGUGGUGGGACGCCGAUAGCGGCAUCCUCAACAGCCGCGCGAGGCACACCGUCAAGGUUCCCGGAGGUAUCCUGGACAAACCGGCGGCCCCGGGCUCCGCAGGAAGCACCGGCGGCGGAGCCGGCCAAAGCAGCGGCGACGCCGGCACCGCCGCGGUUGCGACGACGACCGAGGGCGGGCCGCUGAACAACCUCCUUGACUGCAUGUUCGGGCAUGAGGAUGUGGUUCUGUCGCUUUUUGCGGGUGUUGCCGCCGCCGGAACAGGAGGAGCGCGGCCUGAAGCUCCUUGGGGCGACGGGGGCCGUGGAAGGGUGGGGGAGAGCGUCGCGACGAGCAAGAGGCAAGGGGGCCGUUCCUUGAUCGGAAAGGCGGUGCUCCGGCGCGCGGAUUUGUUGCCGCUGGUGCGGCGGACCUCGGCGCGAGCCGUCCUCCGGCUGCCGAUCGAGCCGGCAGACGACACCGGCGAGGGUGUGCUGCUGGCGGCGCCCGAAGCGUUGCCGCUGUCGGUGUCCUACCGGCGGGAGCCGUCCGCGGUGGCGAGGAGAAAGUCUCGGGGACGUUGCGGGCGCCGAGAGGCGCCGAGUGAGGAAUCUCACCAGGGUUUGGACGUAUCGUGCGAUGCGGAGGUCGCCGGUCUUCCCUCGAUAGCAGACCUUGGUAAGGAGGAGGCAGAAGGGCGCGGCGAGUGCGAGGCAUCGGGGGUACGGGGACACGACGCAUCGCCAGGCGCGGUCUCGUCGUCGUCGCCCCCUCACGGUGCCGCCAGCUCGCCUGAGGAAGGCUUUGGCGGUUCGGGCGACGGCGGUGGUUAUCCCGACUCCUGCGAGAGUGCUACCGGGCCUCUCGCGCGCCGGACUUCCAGAACCGAGCAUCUGCUCCCGGCCCGCACAAAGCUGUGCGUUCACGUGGAUAGCGUACGCUUGACGAGCGGCGUUGGCGAUGUGGGGGGGGAAGAACAAGUUCUACUGUGGGUAAGCUUUGAUUUCCCGGGACCCGAGAGCGGCGGGCGGCCGGAAAGAAAACGAGGAGGCGUGUACGUGUGGAAGCCGGGGGACGAGAAGGAGGAGAGGCGUCGAGAGGUCCAGUGGUCGCCGGCGGUUGUGGCGGCUCGGCAAGAGGAACGUGAUCUGGUCGCGCUGUUGCAGUGGAGACUCGAGCUACCGGUGACCAUAGACGCGGCCUUUGUCGAGUUUGUAAACACGCAGUCCCUGGAGCUUCGCGUUUGGAGCGGAAAUCGAGAAGACUGGCCAGCAGGCGGGAGCCCCUGUGGGGUGGCCAAGGUCGCUCUCCGCUCGCUUCUCACUACGCUUGGCGGGGUCGGGGGAGACGCGGCUGUCAUCACGCCGGGGGAGGGUGUUGUCGGCGGCAACGUCGCCGCUCGCCUUUUCUUCAAGCACCGCGGCCUUGGAUCAGGCGACGACGGUACCAAGCGUACAGUAGAAUUGCCAGGGGCGGGUACUCACAGGGCCGACGAAGAGGAGGCGCGGGGGGGGAUAGGUGCGAGGCGACGGCUGCCGGUGUCCUUUCGAGAAGGAGUCGAGGUGCUCGGCGAAGAACGGGGCGCCCGAACCGGUGCCGGUUCCCCCGCACAAGGACCCGCUGCUGGCGCGGCGGUCGCGGCCGCGACGACGACGGCGACGACGACUCCCAGACAAGCCUCUCCGGACAAGUCUCUACGAACUCCUCCGCCGAGAGGAGCACCAGAAGAACGACGAGCGGCGGCGUCGGACUCGCCGUCUGUGGUGGUCAAGGAGAGCAACGUACUCAGGGUCUGCGUGGAGCGGGCGAUGCGCCUCGAGGCUAUCCCGGCAGCAGCAGCAGCAAAAACGCUGUCUGGAGAUCCCGAGACGGUGGGAUGCGCUGCUCUGCCUCCCGACGCGGUCCUGCCGCCGCCGCCGCCAUCGCCGCCGUCCACGUACGUGACCCUCCGCUGGGAGGAGGAAGGCAAGCCGCCCCUGAGGUCGCCGCUCCUCUCAGGCCCAGCGGCGGCGUCGGGAGAGGCGGGUGCUGCCGAGGGCGAGGAGGAGAGCGCGCUAACCGCCGACGGAGAAGUGAUCACCCCGAUCGUGGAGACCUCCUCCAACCCGGUCUUCAACCACGUCGCGCGGCUGCGCCUGGUGGAUCGCGACGCGUGGGAUCGUGUGUGCGGACCGUCGGCGGCGCUGGUGUUCCGAGUCUGGCGCCGCGCGCGCUGCGAGUGGUGGGAGGCCGCCCCGCGGGCUCCGAGCAACGGCGGCGGCAGCGGCGGCUAUGCCGAGCACCAGCCGAGCUUCGCGCCCGAUGACAAGGGGUCGGUCGUCGCUGCCGGGUCGAGGUUCGGCGACAAGCUGAUCGGGUCUGCGGUGGUGGGGCUCGAGGUGCUGAGGGGAAAGGUCCACGCUCCGGAUGGGCUCGGCCUGCGCGAGAUCGACGGGUGGUAUCACGUGCUCGACGACAUGCAGCGGCCGCGCGGACAGAUCAAGGUGCGAGUUUGCCCGCAACCUCCUUCAUCGUCAGCAGCACAUCUAGCCCCGGAGCCCCCGCCGGCGUUUCCCGAAGUUCCGCCCGGUGUUGGCACGGGACACGAGACGCUCGGUCUCCCGGCCACGUUCGGUCCUUCGCCGGCAGCCGAGUCCAGCGGUACCGGGAACGAUGGUGGCGUUGAGGACGCCGAUGGCGACGUUGAGGACGCCCCGCCGUCACCGCCGCUACACGACACCCAAGCCCACCUCCGCAGCGUCCACGCCCUGCUCGAUUCCCUUCCCGACGAGUUCCGCUCGUCGUCGCGACCGCGGCAGCCGUUGCCGACGUCUUCGGCGGGGAGAGCAGGCGUCGGGCUGGGGCUCCCCUCGCUAAGCGAAGAGCCACCGCCGCCGCCGCCGCCAAGCGUCAAUGCGUCCCCACCAGUACCACCGCAAUCUUCUGGCCGUGCGGCGUCGGGGGCAGCGAGGCAGCACGGCGGUUGCGAGCCGACCGGCGGCAUUCCGGAGCUCCGCCGAAUGCUGUCGAGCCUGGAUAAGGUCGAUCGGAGGCUUUUCGCGCUCGGCGACGACGACGACGACCCUCAGAGCAGCGGCGGAUCGGCCGAUGUCGAGUUCGGGUCGGAGGGGCGGGGGAGGGCGGGCGGAGGCGGGCCAGCAGUCGGCGGAGCCCCCGAUAUGAAAGGAUCAACUUCGGAAGCGAAGGCUGGAGCGCCACCCGCGGAUACCGUCGUGUCAACGGGAAGGAGACACGGCACGGACCACCAUCUCGCCAUUUCCAGGCUACAGGAGGCAUGGCGGGCCCGAUCCAGAAGAAGGCGGGAGGCCGCGGAGGCGGAGGCGCGGCGGCGGGCUUACGCCCUGCGCCGGAAGCGCAGGGAGAGCGCCGCCGUCGCGAUACAGAGGGCCCACCGACGGGCGCAGGCGAGACAUCGCGCCCGAGCGGCCGCCGAGGAGAGGCGGCGCUGGGAAGACCGUCGUCGGCGGCGAUCGGCCGCGUGCGCCGUGCUUGAGAGAGCCUGGAGGGCCUUCGACUCGCGUCGAAGGGCGGCGCGCGAGGUUGCCGAAGCGCGCGCGCGGGCAGCUGCGGCGGUGGCGGCGGCGGAAGCGACAGCGCGAAAGUCUGAGCAGACCGCGCGCGGAGCCGUGCUCAUACAGGCGGUGUGGCGCGGAGUGUCAGCGAGAGCUGCGACCGCGCGUCGGAUUGACGCUUCUCGAGAGCGAUUGCGUGCAGCGGCGGCGGCAAGCAGAGUACCACCAGCGGAGCGAGAAGCAUCAUCGCCGCACCGCCGAGUUGCGGGGGGCAUCGCGGUGGAGCCGCGCCCCGCGCCUCCGUCGACGUUCUACAACCAGCUGUCCCAAGACCCGAGGAGGGGCCAUCGGCUGCAGCUGCCGGAAGCUCACCUAGCGGCCCUGCCGCUUUCGCGCGGGCUGCCCCCCCCGUUCGCUCGAUCGCGGGCCGCUUCUAGCUCGUCAGCGGCUAGAGACGACGGAAGCCGGGCAGAAGAAGAAGCGCGUGCGGACACACGGCCACCAGAGCGCCUUGAGCCUCGGAGGCUGGCGCGGUCCGCCGGCGCCGGACGACCGCCGAGGUUCGCAGACCAGGAGACGGCGAGGAUCGCCCGAAUCAUGAAGGGAAACCUGCAGCACUGGGCGAGCGCGCGUUCGUCCUCUUCCAGCGACGAGCUCAACCUGUAG